GAUGCGACGCGACUCACGCGACAGUUUGAUAGACUUUCCGCUACGAUAGGCUCGGCUGUAAUCGUACAUACACAUGUGUACUCGCGGCUGCAUCUGCAUCCAAGAUAUAUUUAUAUAUAGAUAUGAGAUAGGAAGACGUAUGUAUGUCAGGUGCAGCUCGAUUAAGGGAAAUAAGACGUAUACAGGGAGAUAUGCAUUAAUUAAGGCGAGAUAUGACGGAAAGUAACGUUAAGUAUGUAGUGUUACCUCUUCACCAUCGGCCUGACUUGAUCAAAGACUGUUGUAAGUUGCUUAAUUCUGAAUGGCCUCGAAGCGAGACUGCACGAAUGAAAUCUCUGAAUGUAUCUUGCGACGGUUUUCCCACGUGUCUGGUUCUAAUUAACGAUGAGAACAAGGUUCUCGGGCACUGCAAGAUAUCUCUGGUGGCCAGAUCGAAAGUCAGCUGCUUCAUAGAGUCUGUUGUAAUCGACUAUCGGUGUAGAUCUCGAGGAUUAGGAUCUAGACUGUUGCGCGGCGUGGAGGAGUACGUCGCAAAAAGAGGCCUGAAGAACAUCUACCUAAAGACGGACGGUCAGGAAGUGUUUUAUUACAAGAACGGAUACAAGGUGUGCGAUCCAUUUAAAGCUUACGGCAUUAACGACAUCAUAACCGCCAGUCCGCCCCUCGGCAGGACAAGAUUCAAAGAACGGAACGGCGAUCAGUCCGCCGGACAACCGCCACCACCACCACCGCCGCCCCCGAUGCCGGCGUUUCAAUUGUCAAAGUUUUUCGACAUGCGUAUGCUGUCUCAAAAGACGCACAUGGUGAAAAAAUUGUGAUACUAGCGUUACAUCAAAAUUUCAGAACGUGCUCCGCGCGUUCCGCUCACGUCAACGAGAGACCUUUCACGUCAAUUGAAAUUAGAUGUUUAAAG